AUGGGGCCUCUCCUCUUCGGCCCCAACGCCAACGACCUUGGGAUGCUCAACCUGAUCACGCCGGAGGUAGUGCGACGCGCCACGGCCGAGGAGAUCCGCGAGGACGUGCGCAUUCCGCUGGACCUGCCGCUCGACACGAUCCGGCAGUCGAGUUACGGGAGACAGGGGGUCUGGGGGGCAUAA